UCCCCUCUAUUUUGUCAUUUUCUUUGCCAUCUUCUUCCCAAUUGCACCUUCCUGUAUUCCUUCUUUCACUAUACCCUUUUCCCACAACACAAAAUUCCCCCUCGACUCCCUCCAUUUAUUUCAAUUAAAAUAAUAUCACAUCAUUUAUUAAUAAAUUAAUUUCUUCUUAUUAUUAUUCUAUCUUUUUAUUUAACUUUCUCUCUACAAAGUUAAUCAGAAGCAAGAGGUUGGAGGGCAUAAGCCCCCUCAAAUCAAAAUUUCCCCCAAAUCCCACUUGGGUUUGAUUUUUAGCUUCUUCACCAAGUUGUUUUUCACAAACCCUAGAUUCCCCCACACCCCCUUUCUCCUUCUUCAUCUUCAAAAUUAGAGAAACCCAUAAAAAUUCCAUCUUUGGGGAUAGAAAUUUGAUCUUUGAUGUCGAAAAUGAAACAUCUUCUUCGUAAACUUCAUAUUGGGAACAAUAAUAAUAAUAGUACUGAUCAUCAAAAUCGAUUGGGUCAGAAUAAUCAUACUAGUAGUAGUAAUAGUGUUGCUGACGGUGGUGGUGGUGGUGGUGGUGGAGGGACGAGUUCAUCAAUAUCGACAACAUCAUCAGUGUCAUCAACGAAUUCGACAUUACCCACCACAAGAAAUGAUGUGAAUUUGGGGAAUAAUACUAAUAAUACAGUUGAUUUUAAUUUCUUUGAGGAAGAAUUUCAGGUGCAAUUAGCAUUAGCUAUUAGUGCAUCGGAUCCAGAUGGUAAGUUUAGAGGCGGUGGUGGUGGUGGUGGUGGUGGAGAGGAUAUUGAAUUAGAUCAUCAGAUUAAAGCUGCUCAAAGGAUUAGUCUUGGGGUACUUCCUUGUGGGGGUGUUUCUAAUGUUCCUGUGCUGGAAACUCCUGUUGAUAUUCUUUCUCUUCGUUACUGGAACUAUAAUGUUGUAAAUUACGAUGAGAAAGUUGUGGAUGGAUUUUAUGAUGUUUAUGGAACCUCAUUUUCAAGUACACAAGGAAAAAUGCCGUUGCUGGUGGAUCUUCAGGCUGUGUCUACUUCGGAUAACAUCGAUUAUGGAGUGAUUUUAGUUGACCGCUGUAUUGAUCCUGCACUGCAACAGCUAGAGAGAAGAGCAUUUUCUUUGUCUAUGGAGUGCCAAACUUCGGAAUCUGAUCCAAUUGCAAGUGGUUUGGUACAGAAGAUUGCUGAUCUUGUUGUGGAAACCAUGGGCGGUCCAGUUGCUGAUGCCGAUGAAAUGAUACGAAGGUGGAUUGAUAGAAGUUACGACUUACGGAGAACUCUGAACACCAUAGUCCUUCCUCUUGGUUGCUUUGAUAUUGGGCUUUCGCGCCACAGGGCCUUGCUUUUUAAGGUACUAGCAGAUCGGAUUAAUCUUCCAUGUAGAUUGGUGAAAGGGAGCUAUUACACUGGUACAGACGAGGGAGCUGUGAAUUUGAUUAAAAUUGGUUAUGAAUGUGAAUACAUAAUCGAUCUAAUGGGAGCUCCAGGUGCACUUAUUCCUGCUGAGUUACCAAGCAAUCUUGAAGAUUCCCGAGCAGAUGCAAUAGGCCAUGCAACUGCUGUAGAAACUGCCAGAGAUUCUUUUCUGGCGCUUGACAUGAUUGACUUGCAUUCUGAAGACAAAAGUGGAAUACUUGGUGCUGCAGAAGUUGGUGGUUCAGAGUCAAACGAGGCAUCAGGUGUUGGCAACCACUUAGUAGGGAAAGAUGUGAGUCCUGUACAGAAGCAACAAACUGAAGUGUUUGAACAUGAGUUCGGGAAGCUUCUUCCUUCAUUACGGAAACCACGUGACGGUGUAUCAGGAACCAAAGGAAAAGCUUCAUCUGCCCAAAAAAUGAAAGUUAAGGAUGUUUCUAAGUAUGUCAUAAGUGCAGCACAAAAUCCAGAAUUUGCACAGAAAUUACAUGCUGUUUUAUUAGAGAGUGGUGCGUCGCCCCCGCCAGAUCUGUUUUCUGAUAUAGCUCCUCUUGGAGAGGCUGAAGAGCAGAAAGUCCAUGCUCACACCCCUUUCGCAGAAGGAGAAGCAAUGGAUACCAAGGAUAGGUCUGGAAAACAAAAAGAGGAUGGAGCAGUACAUUCAUAUUCUCCGUUUACCGAUAACUCUGGUUUUCGCAGCUCCGAACAUCGUUAUGCUGGUGACACAGACACUGACAAUCAAGGUGUUUCAUGCCAAAAUCAUAAGGAUAGUGCCCUUCACAUCGGUGGUGCCCAAUGUUGUCAUGGGAAUGCAGGAAGGAUUGUGAAGACAAUGGAAACAGUAGAAACCAUAUCUUCACAAGAUUGUCAAAAGUGUAAUGCAGGAGCUAUGCUGAGACAUAUGGAAACAGAGAGUCAUGACUUGCAUAUGGCAGUCAGCAGUCAGAAUGAGUGGAACAGUCCAGUAAUGGAUGAAGUUGCAGAAUGGGAGAUCCCAUGGGAAGAUAUUCAGACGGGUGAGCGAAUUGGUUUAGGUUCAUAUGGAGAGGUAUAUCACGCAGAUUGGAACGGCACUGAGGUUGCCGUGAAGAAGUUCUUGGACCAAGACCUAUGUGGUGAUGCACUGGAGCAAUUCAGAUGUGAAGUGAGAAUAAUGCUCAGGCUGAGGCAUCCAAAUGUUGUUCUUUUCAUGGGAGCAGUCACACGCCCUCCUAAUCUGUCGAUAUUAACAGAAUUUCUUCCAAGGGGAAGUUUGUAUAGGUUACUGCAUCGUCCCAACAUUCACCUUGAUGAAAAACGACGGCUGAGAAUGGCUUUGGAUGUGGCUAAAGGAAUGAAUUACUUACACACAAGCCAUCCUACAAUUGUGCAUCGUGAUUUGAAAUCCCCGAAUCUCCUAGUUGAUAAAAACUGGGUUGUCAAGGUCGCUGAUUUUGGUUUAUCUCGUUUGAAGCAUCACACUUAUCUGUCUUCAAAAUCCACUGCUGGAACGCCUGAGUGGAUGGCGCCAGAAGUUUUACGAAACGAACCAUCCAAUGAAAAGUGUGAUGUGUACAGUUUUGGUGUGAUAUUGUGGGAAUUAACUACGCUGCGUAUGCCAUGGAGUGGGAUGAACCCAAUGCAAGUAGUUGGAGCUGUAGGAUUCCAGAACAGACGCCUUGAGAUACCCAAAGAGGUUGACCCUGCAGUUGCAAAGAUAAUAUGUGAUUGUUGGCAAAAUGACCCAAAUUUGCGGCCUUCUUUUGCACAGCUUAUGGUCCUUCUUAAGCGUCAACAACGUUUGAUUGUUGAGAAAUCAUAAUGCCACAGAUGACCCAUUCGUGUUUGGGGGGUAACCACACACCAUUGUAUCUAAUAGAACAUUAUCAUUUUGCCUGGGCUCGAAGAGCACUGGGGCAGCAAAACUCUUGCUGCAAAAUCCAUUGCCAAAAGAAAAAAAAAAUCGAAAAACAAAAUAACAGAAUUAGUAUGCGAAAAAAGAUACGAGUUUAGAGCUGUUGGUUCAUUCGAAGUGGGAGCCAACACUAAAAGGUCGAGGAUGGUCUGUCCGUUCACGUAGAAGAUACUCUAUUCUGAUGACUACGCUAAGCGUAGAAGAUACCGAGAAGUUGUUUUUUCAAUUACAAGUAGGAAAAAGAAAAGAAAAAGAAAAAAGAAAUUUGUAAGAAAAAAAGAACAGAAGUAGGUUUACAGAACAACAAAAAGAGAGAAGAAGGAAAUAGAAGGAUGAAAUGUUGUUGGUUUCUGUGUUUUGGGAAUGGAGCUGAACCAGCUUCACAAUUGUAUACAUGAUACUAUUAUUGUUGUCAUUGUCUAAAAAUAUCCCUGCUGAUAAUUGUCUAAAGAGUGGGAAGUUGCAGAAAAACAAUUCGUGGGCAAUGUUUAGAUACAGUGCACUAGUGCGCAGGUCUUAUGGUUUACAUAUCAAAGUGAUUUUCCCAAGAAA